AUGGUGCCGCCAGCCCGCAUUCCGUCGAGCGCCUUCGCCCUACUCGCGCUCCUGUGCGCUCGGGCCGUGCCCGCGCCCGUGCCCGCGCCCGCGCCCGUGCCCGAGAGGACGAGCGGCAGCGGCAGGUACAGAGCAGCUCCGGGGUGGCUCCAGGAGACCCAGGCCUAUCCGCCGAAGAAGAGGGCGAGGCUGCUCCACGCCCAGGAUGCCCUCAAGGAGGAGUUUGAAACCAUGGGGGUCCAGCCCAGGAACGACAGCGAGCUGUGGAAGCGACCCCGCUGCGGCGUUCCAGACUACCCUGCUCGCAAAGGAGCCGAGAGCCCAGACCGCCCCGGCGACCCCGGGAGGAGGUCGUAUGGCGGACGCCGGCGGCAGAAGCGCUUCGUGCUCUUCGGGGGGCGCUGGGAGAAGACGGACCUCACCUACAAGAUCGUGCGCUUCCCCUGGCAGAUGAGCAAGGACAAGGUGCGGCGCGUCCUGCAGGAGGCGCUGCGGGUCUGGAGCGACGUCACGCCGCUCACCUUCGCCGAGGUCCACGGCGGAAGGGCUGACAUCAUCAUCGACUUCACGAGGUACUGGCACGGAGACAACCUGCCCUUUGACGGCCCCGGGGGCAUCCUGGCUCACGCCUUCUUUCCCAGGACGCACCGAGAGGGCGACAUUCAUUUCGACUACGAUGAGUCCUGGACAGUGGGCAACAGCAUGGGCACCGACCUGCUCCAGGUGGCAGCCCAUGAAUUCGGCCACGUCUUAGGCCUACAGCACUCCCUAGAGCCCGGAGCAGUCAUGUCCCCCUUCUACAGCUUCUCUUACCCGCUGGAGCUGAGCGAAGACGACAGACGGGGCAUACAGCACCUGUAUGGGCCUCGGCGCUCGAACCCGCCCUUCACCGGCACAGAGACCAAUGAGAUCCCCAGCACUCCGGACGCCUGUCGGACCAACUUUGACGCCGUUUCCAUGAUCCGUGGCGAGCUCUUCUUCUUCAAGUCCGGCUACGUUUGGCGCAUCCGCGACGGACGCCUCCAGCCAGGGUACCCUGCCCUGGCGUCCCGACACUGGAAGGGCAUCCCCGAGAGCAUAGAUGCUGCCUUUGAGGACAAGUCGGGCAACAUCUGGUUCUUUCAAGGAGACAACUAUUGGGUGUACGACGCCGAGCGGCAGAUCACGGGGCCCGAUUCGGUGCGGAGCCUGGGCCUGCCUGUCGCAAAUAUUCAGGCUGCUCUCAUGUGGGGUGAGGACAAGGAGAAGAUCUACUUCUUCAAGGAGGGCAGCUACUGGCGCUUCAGUUCUGUUGAGAACCGUGUGGUUGACGCCCACCCCCGCAGCAUGCAUGACUGGCGGGGUGUCCCCCGCAACACUGAUGCUGCAUUCCAGGAUCAGCACGGUUUUGCACAGUUCUUCAGUGGCCAGCAGUACUGGAAGUUUGACCCAGUGGAACUGAGGGUUCUGGAGGGAUACCCCCGUAAUGUUGGAAAGGAUUUCUUUGGCUGCGUGUCCUCUGGGAAUCCAUAAGAUUUGUGUGGCUGAAAAGGAUUAAGGAUUAAUCAGGCAUAGCCUUCAAGAUACGAUCGGAAUCCCUCUGCUGUCUUUUAUUGAAACUAUUGAUGUGGUUCUCUUUAGAUGCCGUGUCGUCAGUUGUAAUAUGCUUAACGUUGACGAAAGCAUCGUUGCGAGAAAUUGCAGCUGUAAGACAAUGACAUUGUGGCUUAUGGAUGUCAUUUUGCUUUUGCGGUCAGUGAGAGUAUUGUUGCAUCUGUGACCACUGACAUGACCAUAGCUUUUUAUAAUUCCUGAAGGACGAGUUACAGUUGCAGAACGGCAUGUUUUGUGACAUGUUUUCACACCACUCAUGUUACAAGCAUCACGGUCUGAGGUCAUGUUUUUGGACCAAUGAAUCAAUUUAAAAGUUCAUGCAGCAGUUAAGACUGAAGUAUCUGUGAUGCCUUUUGGAUAAAUUACACUCUAAAUACUACACCCCACCAACAAAAUGAGCAGCAUAUUAUUGAAAUCAAAAUACGUAUCACAUUACUGAAAUUACAGCGAAACGUACACAAAAUGACCCAUUCAUCAAUUUAUGGAUGAUUUGGUGUUGCUAUGAAUUAUCGCUUCU